AAGUCAGUAGUGUAUCUCGUGAACGCUAACUCCCAUGCUGCUUUGCCCGAUUUAGUCGCAUAAGUUUAUUUGCAGGAUUGCGUGCUGCUCCUAAAGAUGGCGGGUAGCGUAGUAGAAGAAAAGUUGUUGGAAAAUGCGGGUAGUCGACAGGUUUCUCUACCGAUUUCUCGUGUUAAACUGAUCAUGAAGAGCUCCCCGGACGUUUCCAGCAUAAACCAGGACGCCCUGUUCUUAACCGCAAAGGCAACAGAACUUUUUGUUCAGUACUUGGCCUCGUAUUCUUAUAAAAAAGGCACCGGGAAAGAGAAAAAAACUUUAAUCUAUAGUGACCUCGCCAAGGCAGCAGAAGAAUCGGAACAAUUUCAGUUUCUUUCAGAUAUUCUUCCUCAGAAGAUCUUGGCGAGCGAGUACCUGGCUUUGCUUGAAGAAGCACAAACAGAUGGAGGAGAGAGUGAUUAGAGAGUUCAAAUGUGUGUUACCUGGGAGGAGUUUCUGUGGGUGGGAACUUGGGAUGGCAGUGAGAUUUGCUGUUUACCAAAAGUCUUUCCAAAAUUGUGGAAUAUUAAAUGACAUAAAAUUCAUAGUGGACAAACCAGAAGUUUUCUUUUUUCCUACAGAUUACUCCUAAUGAAUGUAUUAAAGCACUGUAGAAAUGAAUGCAGAAUACAAUGCCCCAAUGUUUGUAUAUUUGAGUUGCUUUGUAUGAUCAUUUGUUAGGCCCAAGAGUACAAGAUUAUAUUGUAUGUAUUUAUUAAAGAAGAAAAAUAAGUAUUUUGACAUUAGUCUGGUAUUAAGUUUUUCAUUUUUCUUUUAUAUUAGAUUUUGUUUUCAAUUUGGCCAUAAAGCUUUUCUUCUAUUAAAAUAUCCCAAUUUAAAGUUACAUUAUUAUUCUAUACUUUGUCAAAAGGAUACACUUUCUAAUUUUCCAGCAUGCACGAGUAAUUAUUUUACACAUUCUGGAGUCAGAGUCUCAUUUUGACAUUCCAUGUCCUACCUUUGCAUUCUGCUAAAGAAUUAUAUGGGAUAAAAUUAUUACAUUUUUUGUUUUGUGACCCAAGAAGCUAUGGAUUGGUAAAAUUUUAAUAGCACAUUUUUUAUUUUAAUUUUAUUUUUUAACUUUAGAGUGUUUUGGCAUUUUUCGUUCUAGCCUACAUCAAUUUUGUAAAAGUACAUUUAGAUCUAAAAGUUUAGGGCAUUGCGUAAAUGAGAACAGUUUUUACUAUAGACCAAAAAGCAAGACUUAAAAAAAUUGCCUUUCCAUACAUUUGGACUUAAAACUUAUGUUUCAAUAUUUGUAUUGUGGUGCAGAAGAAAACAUGAAAAAUUUGAUUGUGUAUAUUUGUUAAUAUUUGUAUCAAUAAAGUCUUUUUUAUUAA